UAAACAGAGCUAAGUGAUACUAAUAAAGAUGUCCACAACACCUGUGCUUGUUCUCUCAAGCCAAGGGAAGAGUGAAGAUCACGAUGAGGAAAAGCAAGGCCCCGUCCACCAGGAGAGGAGAAAUCCAGAACCUCUUUCAAAGUUAUGCCUUGGGCCAGGCGGUCUUACCAGCCUGCUCCCUGCUCAGGUUCCUACACAAGGAGCAGUUGGAGGUGACUGCCAACGAGGGCACGGCGGAGAGUUUGAUCGAGAAAUAUGAAAUUGAGGAGACGGCUUCAGAAAGUCAGUGCAUGACCUUUGAAGGAUUCCUGCGCUACAUGGAGUCCAAAGACUGUUGUGUGUUUAACCAGGUCCACACAUCUGUGUACCAAGACAUGAACCAGCCGCUCGCCAGUUACUUCAUCUCCUCCUCGCACAACACCUACCUGACGGGAGACCAGCUCGUAGGCAAAAGCCACCUGGAUGCUUACGUCUGCGCGCUGAGGAAAGGCUGUCGAUGUCUGGAAAUAGACUGCUGGGAUGGACCGGGUAUGGAGCCUAUAGUCUACCAUGGGUACACUUUGACCACCAAGAUACUCUUCAAGGACGUCAUCACCACCGUGGACCAGCACGCCUUUGAGGUGUCUGUUUACCCGGUGAUCCUGUCUCUGGAGAACCAUUGUUCUAAAGAACAGCAGGAGGUCAUGGCCCUCUACCUCACUGGCAUACUGGGGGACAAACUGCUCAGUGUCCGCCUGGAUCACCCCACCACUGGAGACCUCCCAAGCCCAAAGGACCUAAAGUAUAAGAUCCUCAUUAAGAAUAAAAAGCUAAAGCCUCGUGCUAAGGUAGAGGGAGUGACAGGGACCGAGGAGAGUGGAGAUGAGGGCGAAGAGGAGGAGGAGGAGGAAGAGGAGGAGGAGGAAGAUGACGAUCUACAGAGCAGACUUAAGUUUUGGUCUCCCAGAAAGAUAGUCAAAAAGAAGAAGGUGGUGGUGGCGGACGCUCUGUCCGACCUCGUCACCUACACCGUGUCUGUCAAGUUCAUCAGCUUCAGCCAUUCCAAAGACAGUCAGAACUACUGUGAGAACACGUCCAUGGCGGAGAAAAAAGCCCGCAAGCUGGCCAAAGUUACAGGUAAAGACUUUGUUCAGCACAAUCAGAGGUUCCUCAGCAGGAUUUACCCAGCAGGCUCCAGGACGUCCUCCUCCAACUAUAACCCUCAGGAGUUUUGGAACGUCGGCUCGCAGCUCGUGGCACUCAAUUUCCAGUCCCUGGGGUUGCCAAUGGACCUUAAUGAUGGCCGUUUCCAGGACAACGGGGGCUGUGGGUAUGUCUUAAAGCCUGCAGUGCUCAUGUCCAGUCAGAGGAGCUUUGAUCCUGGCGGCAAUCAGCGCGGCGUGCAGCCAACACACCUGCUGCUCAAGGUGAUCAGUGGCUCCAACCUACCUGUUCCCAGGAGUGGCAAGGCUCUGGACCCUUUCGUCAGAGUGGAGAUUCACGGGGUCGCAUCAGACUGCAACAGAAAAACCACACACACUGUCAAAAACAACUCUCUGAACCCUUACUGGGACACCGACAUGAACUUCCGCCUCAGCAUCCCCGACCUGUGCCUGGUCCGCUUCUCCGUCCGAGACCAGACCGGUUUCCUGUCCAGCGACUUUGUGGGCCAGUACACGCUGCCAUUCUUCAGCAUGAAGAAAGGCUAUCGCUGGGUACCUCUACGGGCCCGAGACGGAUGCAGCCUGGAUCCAGCAUCUCUUUUUGUUUUUGUAUGGUACUCCUAAAAACAGCUCCGUAACACUUUGCCAACAGAGAGGC